GAGCCUCCAAGUAGGAGCUUGUGAAGAUCAGUUGAAGGCAGCAUCAGUAUCCCUCAAUCCACUUCCCCUCCAGCAUCCCUACACGACACAGGGGCUCACAGGCGACAGUAGGAUCAUAUACGUUUCUGUUUGUGAGAGAGAAAAGCAUUACCAUGACCAUUAGAAAUACACUCCGGGAUCAUGGACAGAGGUAUCGACCACGGAUGGCUUGUCUCAAGAAGGCAGAGAAGGUGCUGCUGGAGAUGCAGGACCCCAAAACAGGAGUCAAGUCACAGCCUCAGAGACUGGUUAUCACAACAAUACCACAUGCUAUUACUGGUGAAGACAUAAUUGCAUGGUUAGCAGACAGAUUUCAAACAGACACACAAGAGGCGAGGAAUUUUGGCUCUAUGCUGGUGGCGUUAGGUUACAUCUACCCUCUACAAGACCACAAACGCUUAGUGAUCAAACCAGAUGCAUCCCUCUAUCGCUUCCAGACACCGUACUUCUGGCCCACACAGCAGUGGCCUGUUGAGGAUACAGAUUAUGCAAUCUACCUGGCGAAAAGAAACAUACGGAAGAAAGGAAUACUGGAGCUGCACGAGCAGGAGCAGUAUAACCGUCUUCACAAGUGGAUGAAUCAUAAAUGGGAUUUCAUAGUGAUGCAAGCUAAAGAACAGUACAGAGCUGCAAAGGAGAGGAAGAAACCAGACCGUGUGGUUUUUGACUGCCAGGAGAGAGCCUACUGGGUGGUUCACAGGCCUCCGCCAGGGACGGUGAGUGCCAUGGACUAUGGACUGGAUCGACGAAUAGAUCCUAAUGCUGACGAGGCAAAAACCCCUGACUUCUUUGAGAGAAUUAUGAUCUUUACGCAGCAGUCUAUCAUGAGGCCCAGAGUGAAGUCAUCUGUGUCCAUUGGCGCACUGGUGAAAUACUGCGCCACCUACAACAGCCACGACCCUUUCCUCUCCAAGUGUCUUCCCAGCAACCCCUGGCUCACCGAUGACGUCACAUACUGGACUUUGAACAUGCCCAAUGUGGAAAUACCAACUAAAAUGCGUGUGGAGAGAUGGACGUUCAGCUUCGGAGAGCUGCUCUCAGACCCUCGGGGACGAGAUGAUUUCAGACUGUUCCUGAAGAAAGAAUUCAGCGGUGAGAACUUGGCAUUCUGGGAAGGUUGUGAGGAUCUGAAGUGGGGCACAGCUGCGACGAUGAGAGAGAAAGCAGAGCAGAUCUAUAAGGCCUUCCUGGCCCGCGGUGCACCACGGUGGAUCAACAUCGACGGAAAGACAAUGGAAGUCACAGUCAGUGGCCUGAAACACCCACACAGAUACGUCCUGGACGCAGCCCAAACUCACAUCUACAUGCUCAUGAAGAAGGACUCAUACGGGCGGUACAUGAAGUCUCCAGUCUUUAAGGAUACAAUGAAGAAGGCCAUCUGUCCUGAGGAGCACAAGUUCUCUGAUUCCCAGUUGGAGCAGAAUGCGAAGAACAGACGGCCCAGUCUCAGCCCCAUCAUCCUCCGGCAGCAGGAGCAGGAGCAGAGGGCAAAGAUGGCGGCCAGUGCCCCCGUUGACAUCACACAGCUGUGCCGCUUCACCACUCCUGUCCCCCACCUUGCUGUCUACUCUGGGUUCACUGAGUCCCCCUCUGCCAACGCCUCGCCCUCUCUCCCUUUCCUGGCCCACACCCCGGCCUGUCCAUCCCCCAUCAGCGUGGCCUUAGACAGCACCUCGGCCUCUGAGCGGCGAGUGGAGGCCAGCGAAGGAGAAGGAGAGGGGAACCCGGAGGCCCGAGCCCCCGCAGGUGGAAAUGUAUCCAAGUCUCGCAUGGCUCUCUCGCUGCGCCGUCUGCUGAAGCGGGGCUGCACCCCCUCCACCAUGUUCGCCAGCUUGUCGCCUAAAUGCCACUCAGCUGCCGGGACAAGUAGCCGCAUUCAGCCAAUCAGCCCGGAUCAACCCAGUCACGCUCCACCCAGACGGAUUGGCAAUUUCUUCCAGAUUAAAGUGGAUAUUCCUCCAGAGUGCCGUAUCUACCCCAUAGAGUCUGAGGAUGAGGAGGAAGAGAACAGGGCUGCCUCUCGGGGAAUGGUGGGAGCCAAAGAGAUCAUCUGCCCCUGGGAGAGCCUCACUCCACAGAAUGGGACGGGCUAAUAGGAUGGAUUAACACAGGUAUAAAAAAUGCGGGUUUUUAAAUCUGUGUGGUACAGAUGCAGCGUGUCUGUUUAAACAGGCUGGCAGCAGAUUUUCCCCUUGUUCUGACAGAGAUAAAAGAUCUCAUACAGCGCACGACGGGGAAAAGUCUCUGUGUUUAUUGUCCCUGUGUAAAUGUGGUCAUAUUCUCACCACUAGGCCACUAACUACAACAUAAAUACCAAACAACAAGAGGACUGACAAAAAUCUGAGAUGAUGUAGAGAUGGCUGUUGGUCUACAAUAGACUGAGCAUCAACUUACUAUGUCCAGACUCCUUAAAGGAAACCUAUGUUUUGAGUAUCAAACACUCACUGCCUAUAGGUUUUAAAGGGGCUUUAUGUAGGUUUUUGCUAGCGCUACAUAGCCAACCUCAGCAUUAACAGCUUUUUACUUAUACCAGUCUAGAAGAAAUGUUGCAAGUUCAGCAUCAUACUUCAUUACUUUACUCACCAACAGUAUUUCCUUCUAUUUCUAUCACUUCUUUUCUUGUACUUAAGUUAGCAUGCUAACUAGCUAGCCCCAGCCAGGCAAGUCUGUCACUUCACUUUCCGAUAGGGAGUCACUGUAGUGUCCCAUCUGCCCUGAAGAAGUAGUGCUGCUCAGAGAGCGUAUUAUAAUCUCUAGCCUUGUAAACACAACAAUGGCCGAAGCUCUUGUUAAACGACAAUCACUGCCAACCACUCCUGGCAAGAAACCACAUUCUGCAGCCAAGAAAACUCACAAAAAGCACCUUUAAAGGACUUGUCUGCAUAAUCGUCUUCUCCCUGGAAAAUACCGAGAGCAUGACCUCAGUGGUAACUGGCUGUACUGAGAUCAACAAGCUCAAACAGAGGUUGAAUUGAGCUAUAUUUUGGCACAUUUUAGCAAAAGUAUGACUACUGGAACAAACCUACGCUUUACAAGCCAACAGGCAGUUGGGUGUUUGAUACUCAAAACAUAUGUUUUUGGUGGAGUAUUCCUUAAACUAGAGCCUUAUUGUCACCAACCUUCACUGAUGUGGGCACCAGCUGAGCCAGCUGUUUAGUUUUGUCAGGCCCAAGACGACAACAGGGUGUAUGAACAUCCAAGAGCUUCAAAACCUGAGCUGUAGCUUUCACAUUCAAACCUCAUAUCUUGUAAUGAACAGUAGCCCAACAGCAGCCUUAUCCACCUUCACACACCUGUGUUUUCUUUUAUUUCUUGGCCUUGGAAGUUUCUACAAAGCAGGCAUACACACAGACAUGUUUGAGAACCAGCGCCACAUGAUAACAAAAACUAUUAAUGAACUAAAAUCUGAAUAAAAUUAUUUUGUGAUUGCAAAGAAUAAAACUGAUAAUCACUAAGUUAUUAUAUAUUUAAUAAUAGAUCAAUGUUUACAUCCUAGAGAGCCAAAGCAAACUGACAUAUAUAGACUGCCUGUGCACAUGCCUGCUAAAAAAUAUAGAUAAUGUAUUUGUAUAUUUACUGAAUAAUGAUCAGUUUUCUGAAGUAGAGAAGUGUUCUUGUGCUGCUAAAUAGACUUAGAUGCCUCAUCCCUAAUUUACUUACCUCUUACACACACAAUGUGAAAUGACCGAAUAGAUGCAUUUCAGGUACAAUGGGAGCACAUGAGCAGUUUGUCCACAUGUUGCUAUAUCUGCUGGACCACUCCUGUCAGAUGUGCACUCUUCAUGAAUGAAGAACUACUGUAAAAGGUGGGUCGAGUAAUAGUUUUGUAUUUGGCUCCACUGCUGUUUUGUACACUCUGUGUAGCUGUUGUAUACUGUACACUACCCUGAGCGAGGUGUUAAUAUUUUUCUCACGUGUCUCUCCAUUGGUGGGGGGGGGUGGGAGGGGCAGUACAAUGUGAAUCAAUUGUCAGAAUGUAUUAUCUUUACCAUGUUUACAGAUGCAAGAAUGUGAAAAAUACCUUGAAUUUGUUGUAUUUGAUUUGUACAUUCCAUGGCUUGUGUCAAGUGCCUCAAUA